GUACACUAUUGCAUUUUCACUUGUUUUUUUUCCCCCCUUCCAGAUAAGCAUCAUGUCAAUGGGAACAGAAUGGUGGAACCUUUCCCAGAGGGAACACAGAUGGCUCUGUUUGGAAUGGGCUGUUUCUGGGGAGCUGAGAGGAAGUUCUGGAGACAGAAGGGAGUCUACUCCACUCAAGUGGGUUAUGCAGGAGGACAUACUCCAAAUCCUACCUACCAUGAGGUCUGCUCAGGUAGAACUGGUCACACAGAGGCUGUUCGAGUGGUGUAUCAGCCACAAAACAUCAGCUUUGAGCAACUGCUCAAGGUCUUCUGGGAGAAUCAUGACCCGACACAAGGGAUGCGACAAGGCAAUGACGUUGGCACACAGUAUCGCUCAGCCAUCUACACCUUUUCUCAGGAACAGAUGGAAGCUGCCUUGAGAUCUAAGGAAGAAUAUCAAAAG